UUCCUUGGUUUCUUAUUUGUUUUGCAUUUAAUUCAUGUUUAUUUGAGUCUUUUAACUGAUGGAUGCCUUAGAGCAACAUACUUACUUUUUGUUUAUUUAUUGUGAGCUUUUUACCUUAUUAAGAUUUUACAGCGAAAGCCUUACAUGAGUAAUUGAAAUUAAUUGAGAUUACAGCAAAAUGAAGAAGAAAACUAGACUCUGACAGGUAUGAUAUAUUCAGUUAUACUAACAAGGUGAGGUACUGUGCUAUACAUAGCCCCCCUUUAUAGAUGUUAUUGACCUGCAAUCGUUUAGUAGUAACUGGGAAGACUGGUGUUUGAGGAGGGAGACUUUUAGUACAGAGAUGAAAACCUAAAGUCAGCUGUGUGGAAUUCCAUGAAGGGUAUUUGUUUACUGAAAACAAAAAAAGGAAGUUGGGUCUACUUGGGAAACUUUAAUUUUAGGCACAGACUCUAAAACUUUUUAAGACCUUCAGAUCAUGUAUUACUUUUUAUAAACCAGCUCCUCUUAUUUUUUUCUGCCAAGUCCUGGGUUGAGAAUUCUGGGGUUACUUAUAAGAGAGAACACAGCCAGCUUCAGGAGCAAGGUGCUGGCUGCUCGCUGUGCCACCUUGUUUGGCCACUGUUGGCACCUCUGGUGUGUGGGACAUGGCAGGUGACAGCAGUUCUCAGGAUGUUUCAGAAGCCUGUCUACCAGAUUUCUGGGUCUCCAUUUAGUUGAUGACAUCAGUGUCAAACUGUUUAAAGUUUUCAGACAAAUUGAACAGAAGCCAUCUGGUUCACUCUGGCUACUUGAACACUGUAGUUCUUGGACCACCCCCAGGAGGGCAGUUGCAUGUCUCCUGGCUUCAAAAAUAGUUUUAGCAUCGCUGUAGACAGAAACUGUUGUAUGUUUCGUACAGAUCUUCUGAUGCAUUUUGAAACUUUUUAAUGUUUUUUUUGUGGAGUUCUCUAAUAAAUAGUCUUAGGAUGGCAUAUAUCAGACCACCAGUAGGGAUUGAAAAUAUUUUCACAGAAAUCCUAUUCCUUAGGAAUAAAAGCUAAUGAAAGAGGUGAUUUCCUAGUACGGAUAAAGAUAAAACCAGACCAAAUCUAUAUUACGUCAAAGCCUUGGGAGACAGUCAUUUGCUCAUUUGCCAUAUUUAGAUGUUAGUAGAAUCAGAAACCUGUUUUGAAUGUGUUCUCCAUGAGUUUAGUCUAAUUUGUCUUUUCAUUUCAUGAUGCAUGUCUUUUUUUUCUUUUGUCAGGAUAACAUCAUAUAGCAUCUUGUUUGUUUUUCCUUAUUUUCUAUGUACAUAUCUAUCUACUUGUGACUGUAGAUGGGUAUAUAGAUAGAUGCCAAGCUGCUUAUGUCCUGGGGGUAGUGUGCACCAUUAUUGGGUCUCUGCCUUAAAACACACCAAAAUUCAUUUUAGCAAAAACUUCUGCUUCAUCUUUGGUUGUUAGGGAGCCCAGACCAGACUUGUGUUUCUGGCUCCAAAUUACAUGUGUCAUUGAUCUAUAUGUAUAUAUGUGAUGUUUCCGUAUACAUGUUUAAAUUUUGUGUCAUCAGGACUAAUAUCCAAUUUUAUGCCUUUUGUAUUCAGAAGACCAAAAAAACCCACAAAAACCAAAAAACACAUAAGCACACAGGAAAGAAGUGCUAUGUUGUUUUUGGCAUUUGUUCUCAUGCUGAUUUUUAUGUAGAUUUGUAAAUUGUAGCUUGCCAGAACUAAUUUUUAAUAAUUGAACUGUAUUGGAAGGAAAAAAAAGCCUUUUCAUCCUUUUGAGUUACAGUGCAGAGACUCAAGUUAAUGAACUUGAAAAUAGUGUUGCUUCGUGCACUUAGAAAACCAAUCAGGUGUUUCUUGUGCUACUAGUUGUCACAUUGCAUUUCUGUUCACCUCCUGAUUGAGAUAUUAUCUCAGGUGUGCCCAGCCACUAAAGUGCUCUGGACUAAUUGCUCAAGAGAAGCAACCUGGGGUGGGGGGCAUUCCCAUGUACCCACUGUUUGGUCACAGCACUAUGAUUUGCUUUUGGUGUUUGUCUCUAGUGGUGUGUUGUCUGUUGGCAUGCUUAAGCACAAGUCCAUUAAAAUUCAUUUGGUUCUUUUAUUUUCCUUGUUUUCUUGGCUAGUUAUUCAUUUGCAUAAACAUUAAUUGUCUCUGCAUACUGGUUUGGGGUUUUCUCUUUCCUGCUAACUCUAAAGAAAAAAAUUUUUGCUGCAGAAUUUCCCCCAGAAGAGGCUCCCUGGCCUUCACCUACCUUUAAGUCUAACCAAGUGUUAUAAAUCCUAGCCUUUUUCCAAUAAAUUUCCCUCUAUCCAGGUCAUUGCUGUUACAGCUGUUUUCCAGUCACACCUGCAGCACUAAUUUUUUUUAACCUGGUUUCUAUACACACUAACCCCAUAUCUCCCUGGACUCAGCCUGGCACAGCCCUUCCAGACAAACUCACACUUCCUCCUCACCAGAAGUUUCCUGAGAUUUCACACUAGAACAGAUUGGUCAACUUUAAAAUCCACUCACUUUCUUUUGACUCAAGGCUUGGUGUUUUGGUUAUUUUCCCUCCUCAUCUCUCCUUUAAAGGUGACAGGAAAAAGAGCAAUAUUUAAAUAGUCUGUUGCUCAUAAGCACAUGUCUAUAUGCUGUCACUUGCAAGGCUAGGAGAACCACCAUGCAUCCCUUCCUCCAAACCUUUCUGCACUCAGACUGCAUUCACCAUAUUGCUGUGUAGGUACAGGGUUCCAAUUUGAAACACCCUAAAAUUGCAUAGCCUCCAGACUCACCCUAGACCCCUAUGCUAAUGAUAGUUUGUAUAGAGAAAAUACAAACCGGACUCCCACCCAGCCACUUAGCUAAAAACCCAGUGAGAGGUCCCGCUCAUGAGCUGGCACGCCUGAGCGCUGAAGCAGUGGCGGCCAGGCUGCUGUUGAUCCUCUUGACAUUGUUGCUGCUAAUUUGGUGUCAUUCUGGUUCCGGGCAGCAGUGGUGGGGGGACGUAUCUAAUGAGCGUUGUCAUUGACACCUCCGUGUUUGUCCGUGUAUGAGGGGUGCAGGUUGUCUGUAACCCACUAAAGUGUUAGCCACACCCAGCUUGAGUAACUCGCUAAACCCACACCCUGGGUGUAUCAGCCAGGGGCCGCUACAGUUAAUGGUACACAGUUGAUGGUACACAGGCUGAAAACAAUAAUGAAUCGAGACCCUACUGCAUUUCCAAAGCUGAAAAAACCAUGAGGGUUACAAUAUAAAUGAGCUUGGGAAGAACAGCUCCCGAAGACGUCUCCAGCCUGAAGGGUCAGAGCCGCUGGGAGCCUGGCUGUUGCUGGGCUUUCUCAUCUCAGCGCAGCAAGGCACCGCGAUCAAGCAGCACGUGAUGGGGAAGGCCCCGGUUCUGUCUUUGUUUGGGGAUGGCAGAUAUGGCAGACACAAGUGAAAUGGUCAACGGUGCUGCCGAACAGAGAACAAGCUCGAAAGAGUCCAGCCCCAUUCCCUCCCCGACCUCCGAUCGCAAAGCCAAGACCGCCCUCCCGGCCCAGAGUGCCGCCACCUUACCGGCCAGAACCCAGGAGACGCCUGCGGCCCAGAUGGAAGGCUUCCUGAAUCGGAAGCACGAGUGGGAGGCCCACAAUAAGAAAGCCUCGAGCAGGUCCUGGCACAAUGUUUACUGUGUCAUAAAUAACCAAGAAAUGGGUUUCUACAAAGAUGCAAAAACUGCUGCUUCUGGAAUUCCCUACCACAGUGAGGUCCCUGUGAGUUUGAAAGAAGCCAUUUGUGAGGUGGCCCUUGAUUACAAGAAGAAGAAACACGUGUUCAAGCUAAGAUUAAAUGAUGGCAAUGAGUACCUCUUCCAAGCCAAAGAUGAUGAGGAAAUGAACACGUGGAUCCAGGCCAUCUCGUCCGCCAUCUCCUCUGAUAAACACGAGGUGUCUGCCAGCACCCAGAGCACGCCAGCCUCCAGCCGGGCACAGACCCUGCCCACCAGCGUCGUCACCAUCACCAGCGAGUCCAGUCCCGGCAAGCGGGAGAAGGACAAAGAGAAAGACAAAGAGAAGAGGUUCAGCAUUUUUGGGAAGAAGAAGUGAACUCCUUCCCUUCACCUCCUGCCCUUCUCUUACCUUUUCAGUGAAAUUCCAGCAUGCAAGCUCAGAACCAACACAUUACUCUCUGUGCCUAAUGUUCCUCGAUGUGGUUGAUUUUUUUUUUUAAUUUAUAGAGCAUUUCUGGGGGGUGGGGGAAAUACACCUAACACUUUAUCUCCAAGUUAUAAAAGUUUGAGGUGCAGAGGGAAGACCAGAUUUUUUUAAAUAAAAUUAUAUAGAUUAGAUCUCAAUAUUUAAACUGUUCCUCAAUUUUGUGAGGCUGUGUUGGAAAUAACCUGCCUCUAGUGCUGUUGGUAUGCAAGGCAGCGGUGCUUCAACAAUAUUUCCUGUGCUCACCAGAGACAAAAUGUACCAGUUUCCUGACUCCAUUCUCUUCCUUUUACUUCUAGUGGUUACCUUGAGUCUUGACUAUUAGAAGUGCCCGUAGUGGGUCUAACCUUGGUUAAACAGGUCGUGUGUUAUGAUCUUGCAGCCAUAGUGCAGCUCCAUGUUAACUCUACAGACCAAACCGUUUGUAUCAGGCAUCACUUACUAACACAUGACAGGCGGCUUUUCUGCAUCAACUGCCAUGACAGUUAAGAAUGUCAGUAUACGAGAAGGAAUAGAAAACUGAUAACUUGUUUUAAAUACUCUGUAAUUUCAAUUUUUUUUUCUUUUGCUGAAAUACAUUAUAUUGUAUGUUUGAGAUAAUUCUAGUACAAAGUAUAAUAAAACUAGAUGUAUAAUAAACCCUUUAAAUCCUUGGUAAGUGUACAAGUGGAACUGAAGCAUUUACUGGACAACGUAAUGUUACUCUAAUGGUUACUUGCUCGUGCGUUGCCACACUGUGUUAUAAUUUGCUUCAUUACCUUGCUAUUUGAUACAUAGUGUGCAUCUCUCUGUCACUGUGACGAUUGUAAUGACAAAUUUUCAUCUUACUGCACAAUCAAAAUGGCAUUGAUAGGAAUGAACUCCAGAGGCUGGGCCUGGGAGGGAGGUGUCGCUCAGGCCUGGUGCUCAGUCGUUUGACCUGUCUCUCAACUUUUGCCCUGUUAAAUAUAUGCUAUGUCAUUAAAUGCUUUUAAAUCUA